CAGAUCAGGGUCGUGUUUUGUAUAGCCAGAUUUUCCAGAAAAUCUUGCAACAAUGAAACUAUCUGCAGCAAUAUUUCUGCUUGUAAUGGUAUCUGUGCAUUGUUCAGCUUCUCCAAAUAUAGUGUUUAUACUGACAGAUGAUCAAGACACAGAGAUUGGAGGCAUGACACCACUCGAGAAGACAAAACGACUCAUCGGUGAAAAUGGUAUGACGUUCCUAAACAUGUUUGUCACAACACCGGUUUGCUGUCCAAGUCGUUCCAGUAUUUUCACGGGGAAGUAUCAGCAUAAUCACGGGACGCUGAACAACACCGUCGAGGGCGGAUGCAGCAGCAGUGAUUGGCAGCAUGCACAGGAACCUCAGGCGUUUCCGGUUCAUCUCCUGGCACACGGAUACGAUACAUUCUUUGCUGGGAAAUAUCUCAAUCAGUAUGGCACGGAUCCCGCAGGGGGUGUUGCACACGUUCCACCAGGGUGGAACUCCUGGGUCGGGCUGGUGGGCAACUCGGUGUACUACAACUACACCCUAUCUGUCAAUGGAACUGCUGAAAGUCAUGGUCAUGACUACACAAGUGAUUACUUAACAGACAUUAUUCAUAAACGCGCCAUGGAGUUUCUGAGCGACAAGACAAACGACAGUACCCCGUUCUUCAUGAUGUUGUCCACCCCUGCCUGCCAUGCCCCCUGGGAGCCGGCUCCACAGUAUGUGAACAACUUCCCAGAUCAACAGGCUCCACGGUUUGGCUCCUUCAAUACUUUCGGAAAGGGGAAGCACUGGCUUAUUCAACAAGCUAUAACACCUAUGGAAAAUGACACUAUCGCCUUUGUUGAGGACGUAUACAGGAGAAGAUGGCGGACGCUGCUCUCGGUUGAUGACAUGGUGGAAGAUUUAGUCAACACACUGGAAGCUAAAGGACUCCUCAGUAACACCUUCAUCUUCUUUUCUUCCGAUAACGGCUACCACGCAGGUCAGUUCUCCAUGCCGACUGGUAAACGUCUCCUGUACGAGUCCGACGUCCGAGUUCCUUUGCUGGUUCGAGGCCCCGGAAUUCCAGCGGGGUCAGAGAGCAUGGAAAACGUCCUCAACAUAGACUUUGCUCCGACAUUUGUGGAGUUGGUGGGAGGUCAUGUCCCUGACACUAUGGAUGGGAUGUCGUUGGCAUCGCUGUUGCACAACACCAGGGACGUCUCGGUGCCGUUCAGGACGGAGUUCCUCACUGAGUACCAUGGCGAGGCCAACACCGGCAUCUCCUCCUGCUCCCAGUGGGACGACCAAGGAAUGGCGUACUGUCACACGUGGACCCACUGUGUAUGUGAAGACUCCUGGAAUAACACCUAUACCUGCAUCAGACGGAGUGACGGGGAACAGAACAUGAAGUUCUGCCAGUUCGCCGAUAGUGAGAAUUUUGAGGAGAUGUAUGAUCUGAGUCGCGACCACUAUGAGCUGAUGAACAUCGCUAAGUCUCACCCGGAAGAGAGAACCCAGCUUCUGGACGCCAUGUCUCGUCUCGUGGUGUGCGAUGGUCCCACGUGCCGUUCUCCGCAAGCAAAUCUCAGUUAACCUGUAUGGGAUCUGUAAUGGUGUAUCCAUAUGAUGUACAUGCUGUGAACUAAUAAAGAACGAACAAACUCAUGGUGACAUAGA